AUGGGUGAUAGCGAUGAUGAUUUUGAUAAUCGACGAAAUCGUGAUAAAUUUCGUCGUGAACGUGAUGAUUUUGGUGGAAAUCGGGGAAAUACUAAUCGUAAUAGUGGAGAAUGGAAUGAUGGAAGGGAUCGAUCAAAUCAAUUUCGACGACAAUAUCCUAGUGGCCCAUUACUAGGACGUGAUUUUCCACUAAGAUAUAAUCGAAGUCCUGCUAGAUAUGAUAUGAGUCCACCACAAACUAAACGUUUUCGACGUGAUUGGGAAGGUCCUGAUCAAUCACCAUCUCGUUUUGAUCCAACUAUUAGUUCACCAUAUCUUUCUAGUGGAGGAGGUUUUCAUCCGACUUUACCAUCAAAUAUUCAACCGACUACUGAUCAGUUGAAUAGAGAAUCAUCUGAUAAUACAACACAACCACCAUUACUUAGUUUUAAAAAUUUUCUUCUCGAUCAAGAUGAUAAUAUUGAUCAAGAAGAAGCUGUUAAACGUUAUAAUGAUUAUAAAACAGAUUUUAAAAAAACUCGAAUAGCUGAAUUUUUUACCGGACAUAAAAAUGAAGAAUGGUUUAAAUAUAAAUAUCAUCCAGAUGAAUAUCCAAAACGUCGUCAAGAACAAAAACAAAUAAUUAAAAAACGUUUGGAAAUUUUUAUGGAUCUUUAUAAUAAAGGUUAUCUGAAUAAUAUUAGUGUUGAUAUUGAAAAUCAACAUGCACUUAUAAGAUUUCUUGAUACUGCUGUCAUCAAAAUGGAAGGUGGAAGUGAUCAGGAUCUUCGUGUACUUGAUGUUAGUGGAUCAGCAAAUGAUGAAACUAAUUCGAAGAAAUCAUCUGAUAAUAAAAGAAAACGUGAAGAUAGUAAAUCUGAUGAUGGAACAGUAUCUGAUGGUGAUAAUGUAUCAUCGAUUCUUGAAUCAAAAGAUAAUAAUGAAAUAAAAUCAUCUGUACAAGAUAAUGAACAUGAAGCUGGUGAAGUACCUGAUGCACCAAGAUCAUUACAUCGAACAUCAUCAAUAUUUUUUCGUCAUUUACCUACGCAAACAACAAAAGAUGAUCUUGAAAAUAUUUGUAAACAAUAUGCUGGUUUUCGUCGUGUUUGUAUAACUGAUCCUGCACCUGAACGAAAAUUUUUUCGUCGUGGUUGGGUUACAUUUGAUCAUUCAGUUCAAAUUCGUAAUAUUUGUUAUGAAUUUAAUCUUACUAAAGUACAUGAUGUUGAUGUAGGUGCUAUAAUAAAUCGUGAACUUAAAAAUCGUGUUCGUACAAUAAAUGGUAUUGCACAUCAUAAAAUUAUUGUACGUAAUGAUAUUCGACUUAUAACAAAAAUUGUCAAACAAUUAGAUGAACGAUGGAAUAUUUGGGAAUCAAAUGAAAAUGAUCAUAAUGAAAAAAAGACUACAAUAACAAUUUCAUCAAUAACAGAUGAUACUGAAAUUUCAUCAUCAACAAUGAAUACAUCAUUAAUUCAAAAUAAAAAUCCUAUUGGUUUUGUUAGUUAUAAUCCAUUAUUAAAAAAUAUAACUAAAUAUCUUGUUGAAGAAGGUGAUGCUGAAGAAGAAGAAUUACUUGGUGAUACAUCAAUAACUAAUCAAAAUAAUUCAAAUACAUUUGAAACUGAUAAAGAAUUAACAAAAGUAUUAGAUCGUUUAAUUUUAUAUUUACGUAUUGUUCAUUCAGUCGAUUAUUAUAAUGGUACUGAAUAUGCUCAAGAAGAUUCAAUGCCAAAUCGUUGUGGUGUUAUACAUGUACGUGGUACAUCAUUAUCUUCAAUAACACAAAGUGAAUUAACAAAUUUUAUGCAACAAUUUGAAACACGUCUUAAAACAUUGAUUGAUUUUCAUGAAAAAUUAGAUCAUGAUGAAGCUUUAAAAUUAGGUGCAAAAAAUGAAGAAAAUGAAAUAGAAAAAUUUAUUACUGCAAAUUGUCAAGAAAUUGGUAAAGAUAAAUGGUCAUGUCCAUUAAGUGGAAAGAAAUUUAAAGGUCCAGAAUUUGUUCGUAAACAUAUUUUAAAUAAACAUCAAGAUAAACUUGAUGAAGUUAAAAAAGAAGUAAUUUAUUUUAAUAAUUAUUUAUAUGAUCCAAAACGACCACAAUUACCAGAGCAUCCAUCAAAUCGACCUGGAGCAACACCAACUGGACCAAAUGCAUCUGGUUUACCAUUACCAACACCAAUGCCCGCUCAACCAUUACUUACACGCACUCCGAUAUGGCCUCCUUUGUCUGCACCUCUUCAUUCUGGUCCACCAGGUUACUAUCCCAAUCAAUUUCAUCACGCUCGUCAUCCAAGACCACCAUUUAUGUUUCAAAGUGUCGGUGGACCUCAUGGUGGUGCACUUCAUCGACCACCAAGUAAUCGACCAUUAAGGAGUUAUGAAGAUCUAGAUGCACCGAAUGAAAUGUAA